CCUAUAAAAAUCGCCACACGUGCGAACGGCCAGUUCACGUUGAACAUGCUUCGACGUACGAUCCUAGUUUUACAGCUGUACGGCCUUCUGGCCGCAUGUUACGGCACCGUGCUCUAUCGCGAUUUCCACGUUGCCGAAUCGAUACCGAUUGAUUGCGACCGGGGCGCGAAUUUCACCGGAUGCGCGACGAGGGUGCAGGAAAUCGAGGAUAAAGGAAAUCAAUCCAUGGUCAACACGGAUGAGACAAUAACGAACGAAGUGACGGAUGAAACUGAUGAAACAUUGGAGGUCACUGGACGGAGGAAGAAAAACAGAGGCUACGGGCAGAUAUUGCUCUAUUUUCUCGGCGCGUCGAAAUUAACCAUGCUUUACGUGAUAAUUAACGCAGUUGCCGCGAUCGCUGGCAAAGCGUUGAUCGUUGCCAAAGUUGCCCUCGCGAUUGCAACCGCGAUCGCAUUGAAGAAAGCGUCUGAACACAAGGAGAAAGUAUCGUACGAGAUAAUCAAACACCCGCAUCAUAGCUUCGAGCAUACCCACAGUUCCAGCAUCGAUUACGAUCAUCACGGUUUCGGGGAGGGUGACUACAACUAUCGAAAACGACGAAGGAUAUUAUAAGACAGUUGAUUCUCGAUUGAAUUCUUAGUACAAAUGUAACACGUGAAAUGUUUAUAUUUA